AUAACAUAGUAGUUCCACUUUGUUUUCAAACGUCUUUACCAAGAAACACACUUGUCCGCUUAUACAAAUAAUCAACAAUGAAGUUUCCUCUAUUGGGGUUACUUUUGCUCCUAAGUCUUGUCGGCUCUUCGACCAGGGCCGAAGAAGGACCUGUUUGCCCUAAGACCGAUACUCUUAGCCGUGCAAGUUUCCCGGAGGGCUUCAUGUUUGGUACCGCAACCGCGUCCUAUCAGGUGGAAGGUGCCGUAAAUGAAGGUUGCAGAGGUCCAAGCUUGUGGGAUAUCUACACCAAGAGAUUUCCACAUAGAGUUAAGAAUCACACCGGUGAUGUGGCCGUCGAUUUCUACCAUCGCUACAAGGAGGAUAUCCAGUUGAUGAAAAAGCUGAACACUGAUGGUUUUAGACUCUCCAUUGCGUGGCCUAGAAUAUUUCCCCAUGGGAGGAUGGAGAAAGGAAUUAGCAAAGAAGGAGUUCAAUUUUACCACGAUCUUAUAGACGAGCUCCUUAAAAAUGACAUCACACCAUUAGUAACGGUUUUUCAUUGGGAUAUUCCCGCUGAUUUGGAAGAUGAGUACGGUGGCUUUUUAAGCGAACGUAUAGUUCCGGAUUUUUUGGAGUACGCAAACUUCACGUUCCAUGAAUAUGGGGACAAAGUGAAAAACUGGAUUACGUUCAACGAGCCAUGGGUCUUCAGCCGUUCAGGCUACGACACCGGGAAGAAAGCACCGGGACGUUGCUCUCCGUACAUCAAAGAAUAUGGACAUCUUUGCCACGAAGGACGAUCAGGAUUCGAGGCUUAUGUCGUCAGUCACAACUUACUCAUCAGUCACGCUGAAGCCGUUGAUGCUUUCCGAAAAUGCGAAAAGUGCAAAGGUGGCAAAAUCGGAAUUGCUCAUAGUCCGUUCUGGUUUGAACCGACAGAUGUGGAGGGAGGUCAAGCUACCGUAGACCGUGUGCUUGACUUUGUCAUUGGCUGGCAUUUGGAUCCUACAACGUACGGAGAUUAUCCUCAAAGUAUGAAAGAUGCGGUGGGACCUCGAUUGCCCAAAUUUACAAAAGAACAAAAGGCAAAACUGAAAGAUUCCACAGACUUCGUGGGGAUGAACUAUUACACUGCUUUCUAUGCAAAGCAAAACGACAAGUACGAUCGUCGGCAAGUCUCUUGGGCUACAGAUUCUCUUGUCGAUUUCGAACCCAAGACUGUGGAUGGAUCCGUUAAAAUUGGUAGUCAGCCCGACACUGCUAAGAUGGCUGUAUACGCAAGGGGUUUAAGGAAGCUUCUGAAAUACAUAAAAGACAGAUAUAACAGCCCUGAGAUCAUCAUCACUGAGAAUGGUUACGGGGAGGACCUUGGCGAUAAAGAUACAGAUCAUAGCGUUGCUCUCAAUGACCACAACAGGAAAUACUAUCUCCAGAGGCAUCUUUUGGCCUUGAAUCAAGCUAUAUGUGAAGACAAGGUGAAUGUUACAUCGUAUUUCUUGUGGUCUUUAAUGGACAACUUUGAGUGGCAAGACGGGUACACAGCUAGGUUUGGUAUCUACUACAUCGACUUCCAGAACAACUUGACUCGUAUUGAGAAAGAAUCUGCAAAAUGGCUCUCUGAAUUCCUCAAACCGGGACUUAAACCAUCCAAGUCUAAGCUCAACGAAGAGCUCUAAAGCCAAAGUUCCCUGCGAGAUGAUGAUCUCGAAGCUUAAAAGUCACGUAGGACAAUAAAAGAAGGAUGAGUUUGUGUUCCUGAGUUCUUCUUAGUCUCUUGUGUGUUGUAAUUAAAACUGUUUUAAAUAAAGCAAUGGGUUGCUACUAUACCCAAAUAUGUACAAAAGCUGCUUUAAAUUCUAAGAAUCCAAAAUCUUUUUACAUUAAACGGGGGAUGAGAGAGUCUAUUUGCAGAGUGAUGCAAGAACUCUGCGAGGAGGAUCAAACGGUCUUCGAGAGUGAAGAACCGCCCAGUUAUCUAUAAGCAGAACAUCUCCUCUCUGCCAUGGAACAGCAACACAUUCCUCUUCAAGGAUUCUGAGACAGUCGUGGACUAUAUCCGCCGGUAAGGGCUUUCCGUCGCCGAAAGUCACGGCCUUUCUUGGAUCGUUCCGCUUAUCCUCCCAUCCCGUGUAAGCAGCAACCAUGCUGUUGAACCACACUUUCCGGUUUCUCGACUCGUCGUACUUGAUACCCGGAAUCGGACCCAUUGUCGUCUUGGCUCCGUCCUCGGUCCAUUCCAGUUUCAUCCCCAGUUUAGCUGCCCUGUCAUCAACGACGUUCUUGUCUUGUGUCAAGAAUGUGGAUUUCCAGCCACGGCCAAUUGGUGAAGAUGGAUCAUCUUCUUCCCCUAAAACCCUAACAUAGAGCAAACCAUGUUCCUCCAGUCUCUGAACAAACUCUGGAUGUUUUUCUCUCAUCCUCUCGUACACAACAUGACUCAGAACAAUGGGUGUCUCUCCUCCAGACUUGGGCUCUAUCUCACAGUAAAAGAACAACUUUGAUGGAAACUCAGGAACCUGAGCCAUCUCGUGGUGAAAGGGGAUCUUCUGGUCAGGAGGAGACUCGUUGGCGGUGAAGACACGACCGACGACGCUAGUGCGUGGCGCGGCGCCUCCGACGUAAGGAAGCUCAUCGAAACCGAAAGCCUCGACGACGUCGUUGAACUCGUCGGCGGAAUUCACCGGGAACCCUCUGAAGAGCACGGCUCCGGAAUCGUGCAAGAGGGAGUCGAGAUAGCGUUUGUGGUUGCUGAUAGUCUGAGUGAAUAGUGGGAGAGACGGUGCCGGGAUCGCCGAUGACGGCGAAAUUACCGCCGGGAAAGGCUUCGAUUCGUAGUGCUUUUGCUGUCGGAUUCGAGUUUCCACCAACGAUUCCGCCAUUUUUGUUUCUGAUUUCAGUAAUUUUUUUUUUUUUUUCGGUUCUGCAAAAGUCUGUUGAUGGACGCAGUUCGUGUCAGUCUAAUACUUGGCACAUGUUUUUGGUUAUUGGGAUAUUAUUAUC